AUGGGGAUAGAGCGCGGCAUCUACCGCAUGAUGCAUCUUUGCAUUAUCGGUCUGGCGCUGUUUGCUGUUACUUUAGCAUUGCCUUCACCUACCGAACUGCAAGAAACGCCAACGUCUCUUGAUGGCGUCCCCCGCGUGGAAGCUCGCGAUGCCAAGCCGUUUGCUCUCCGUAUCAUGCCUCUUGGGGCUUCAAUCACUAUGGGCCUUAAGUCAAGUGACAGUAAUGGUUACCGCAUAUGGAUACGUGAGCAGCUUCGACACGCUGGAUGGGAAGUCAACAUGGUUGGAUCUCGCAAAGAUGGGACUAUGAGAGACAAUGACAAUGAAGGAUGGAGUGGAUGGAUCAUCGAUGAAGUUGCCAGAGAGGCCGAGAAGACAAUCCCGAAAGCCCCUAAUCUUAUUUUGAUCAAUGCUGGUACCAAUGAUGCUGUGAGAGGCAUAAAGGUCGACGAAGCAGGACAGCGGAUGAACGUGAUGCUCACUCGUCUGUAUGAUAAGAUACCUGGAACGACUAUAAUCCUAUCAACACUGUUGUCCAAUGGGGACCCGAAAGCACAAGCCAAUGUCGUGAAAAUCAACGAGCAAUACCGUAACAUUGCCGCCGCUCGCCGAAAGAAUGGUGACAAGAUAGUUCUAGCGGAGAUGAGUGACUUUAUCAAAGUCAACGAACUUGUCGAUGGAACUCAUCCAACUGAUCACGGAUACAAGAAGAUGGCCUCGGUAUGGUGGGCCGCGAUUCAAGAAGCCGAGAAGGCAAAAUUCUUAUCAGAGCCCAAAGAUAUCGGGGAGAGCGACUGGAUUGAUACAACCUGUGAAAAGAAGUUCGGUUCUGGGAAUGACGGCGGCAAAGUCCAGACACAACGCGGCAGUGGCUGGGACGAUGGCGACUACAAGCAUAACUCCCAGAGUAUGGGCCGUAUCAAGCAGAUUGGGAUUACCGGCUCCAAGGGUGAUACCCAUCCGGGUAUCAACUACGCCCAGUUAGUCAACCAAGGAGGUGCCCACCGCGAAGGAGCCCUGGAUGAGCUUGUUUGGACCCGGGAUGGAAAGGGGACGUGGAUGUACCCGAACAACAACAAUGGCAAGUUCGGUAAUCCUGUCAAGAUCGAUGUUAAAGACAACUGUCUUGCGCGAGGUGUGCGUUGGGGUGAUCUAAACAACGACGGACUGGACGACUUCAUCUGCAUUAGCAGGGAGGGUGCCAUGUAUGCAUCAAUCAACCAAGGCGGGAAUCCCCCCCAGUUCAAGUCCAUCGGCCUGGUGAGAGAGGCGCCCGGUGGUGGUUUAGCUCAGGCGAACGUCCGACUCGGUGACAUUGAUGGCGAUGGCCGCCUUGAUUACUGCCUUGUCAAAGGAAACGGUGAUAUCCAGUGUUGGAGAAACGGUGGUCAGAAAGAUGCCCCAACAAAAGAAUUUAAUGGGUAUUGGCAGGACCUCGGGACUGUGUUUAAAGGUAAAGGUAUGGGCGAUAUCGCAGGUGUUCGUCUCGUCGAUAUUAAUGGAGAUUUCCGUGCCGAUUGGCUCUGGCUUGAUGACGAGGGCAAGGUCACCACGUAUAUCAACCAGCGCGGCACAGGUAAAGGCAGCCUGGCCCCUGAUUGGCGUCGAAUUGGCGUUACUCAUGCUGGAAUGGGUGUUAAGGGCGCUAGGGAUCGUAUCAAAUUCGGCCAAGUCUAUCCACAUGGGGGCGCUGAUUACGUGUGGAUUGAGUCUCUAAAGAAUGCUGAUACUUAUAACCACUAUACAACCGUGUGGAAGAAUAUUGGAAAAGGGGGAACUACACUGAAAGCCGAUGGUGACUUCUAUUGCGACUGGCGUGGCACUGGUGCCGAUGACUAUAUCUGGAUCUCCCCGACAGGUAGGGGCUUGCUCUAUGGUAACAUCCAUAAGCCUCCAACUUGGGUCCCCGAGGGACCCCAAAUAUUUGACCUGGGCAAAGAUCGCAAGAGCAUUCAUCUAGCAGACUUCGAUGGUGAUGGCAAGUGCGACGUUUGGGCCGUAAACCGUGAGACUGGUGCCGCGGAAGUCUGGAUUAACCACUGGAACGAAGAGACCACCAGUGGCUUUUUGGACUACAAGGGAGUUGUCACCGGGGAUGUCAAAUGUACCGAAGGAUGGGGGGUCGGGUUUCGCGACAUUGGUGUGCGGAUGGCUGAUCUUGAUGGCGAUGGGCGCGCAGAUUACCUGUGCAUGGAGCCCAAUGGACGAACAGUUGGAUGGCUAAACAAAGGUGUGAAUAAGUUUGAAGCUAAGAAUCAGGUCAAACGCACUCACGGAUAUGAUCGUGCCAACCACAUCUGGGCCGAUGUAGACGGUGAUGGUCUUGUCGACUUUCUCUGGGUCGAUAAAUUCAAUGGUGACACCAAGGUCUGGAUCAACAAAGGUCCACAUCCUACCGCAGGCUCCAGUUAUAAGUGGGAACUGCUUGACGGUCCUCGAUAUCAAGGCUCGGAUCGAGGGGCCAAUUUAUUCUUCCCAAACCUUGGAGGACUGGGCCGUGCAGAUAUGCACAACGUCAUUCCCAGAACUAACAUCGCCUAUACGUGGUUCAACACUUGUCCCGGAAGUGAUAGCAAAGCUGCAGAUGAUAUCGACCCGUCUAAAGACCCUGGGUUACCCCCAUACACGCCCCCUGGUCAACCCACGCCUACAGGCGAACCUCCCAUCAGUCCUACUGCGACUGGGAAGCCUGGCGAUGCUCCUGAUGGUUAUUAUGAACAUUGGCCCUUGAAUGACGAGGGUAAAACGAAAUCGGUCUGCAAUCACCUCGAUGAACUGGAUAAAAACCUCUGGAAUAAAAAUGACAUGGGCAACUGGCUGACUACCACUGCUGGUUGGUACCAAAAGCUCAACCGCAACCCCGAUGUUCCUUUCAAGUGGCCUGGCGGGCUUGCCGAUGCGCUUGCAAAGUAUAACGGAAGCGAAAAAGAAGAACCUGCUCCUUACUCAUGGGAAUGUCCCAAUGUUCGUGCAGAUUGUAGCGUGAAACAUCUGGAAGAUGUUGCGCCUUGCGAGGAGGGCCGGAUGUACCGAGUCCAGGCUCUAACUGCGAUACAUAACCUGGCGCAAUACCUUAAGGUUAUGUAUGAUAUGACGUCAGAAAUCUGGACGGACAUAGGUUUCGGAAACGCAGACCUGGUCCGGAGGUACUCACACAAGAGUGAUGAUAAUACCGAGUUUGGAGAGGAUGCAGGAAUGACUAUUGGCGCAGGAUUUGCCAGUAUCAUGGGUGCUUUCUUUCUUGCCCCCAUGGCAGGUGUCGCCGCAGGGGCGAUGACCAUUGGAGCCGGCGCUGUGGCUGCACUUGGUGGACCUUCCCCAGCCGACCUCAAGUUUGAUACGUAUGCAGACCUCGGCAGGAGAUCGGCUGCUAUGCAUCGUGCUAUGACCAAGAGCUUGGAUAUUUUCUACAACGGUCUUUUCUUCAAAGACCCCCCCAACGACCCGCAUUGGGCGACUAGCCCUACUGCCCUCCCACGCAUGCUCUACACCGGAAAUUUUGCCUCAUAUAAAAGUGUUGUCGCACCCACCGAUGAGGAGACGAUGAGGGAUUCCAUGGUUCCUGACAAAGCCGGCCUUGUUAAGUAUGUUGUCGCUCCGUUGCUCAACAUGCUGUGGGAAAAAGACCUGUACUUCAUUGUCAAGAUUGACAACAAGGCCAUUCGAAACGUCAAUGGAGAGGAGUACCACCCUUGCGACAAGAAUGGAGACAUGCACGAAAACAAAGAUACCACCAAUAUGAAAUGGUGCAAUCCAGACGACACGGCCUUUUUCUUUUAUAGUCGAGGGGGGAAGGGCCACGUCCCCAAAGGCAUUGACAAGCUGCCAGAUGAGUAUGGGUUCAACGGAUACGAUGUCGUACGAUCUUCCUAUCUGGUUCAAAAAACGACAAACGAAUGGCAGUCCAAGGUCAAGACGGAUUCAUACUUCAGCUGGGUUCCCCAAACCUCCGGUACUGAUAUCCCUGCAUGGCAAAUGAUGCGAUGGAACUUGCCAGUGUGUGAUCUUACAGAGCAUAAGGUUAAAGAAGACUGUGGCUCUGGACUUUUAUGGCAUGUUUGCAUGUAUUCCGCUAUCAAAGAAACUUGUGGGAGGCUAGAUGGGUGGCCAAGUGAUUAUGAUUUCCCCAAUGGUUUAAGCGGCACUGUACCUCACAAAAAGGAAGGAUCCCCUUAUUCCGAGGCUUCGUCGGCUGCGGAUGUAGUCCAAUCCCUUUCGGGCUGA